AUGGUGUUUCGUCCUCUUCACAUCUCCCCGGCUGCGAUAAAUCGACUAUCCUUUAUCUGAAAAAGUGACUUCCAUCCAAUCAAAGAGGAAGAAAUGCUCGCAGGGUGGAGACCUUCGAAGUUACUCUUUUAUAAAUCUCUUUCAUUCACCGGCGUGCGAAUUAUCGGUUUGGUAACCAGUGUGACUAGACCGGUUAUUGCCAGGAAGGUAUCUUAUUGUUGUUGUUUACUAACGCGGGGUAACAAGCAUGCCUACCGAAGAAAAAUUAUCACAAACCUUCGAUAUUGAACACUACAAUGGAACUUUCUUGAACAAUAAAAACCUAAGCAUACAUUGUUAUUAUUGGAAACCAAGUGUUGAACCCAGAGCGCUACUUUUAAUAAGCCAUGGCUAUGCAGAACAUACUGGACCUUACGAACAGUUAGCCAAGGAAGUGUGUAGCAAGGGAUUCUUUGUUUUUUCACAUGAUCAUGCUGGUCAUGGUCACAGUGAGGGAAACAGAGCUUUCGUAACGGACAUACAUCAUCUAGUUGACGAUACUGUUGCACACAUUCAAAUAAUAAGGCAAGACUAUCCAGACCUUCCACUAUUUGUUUGUGGUCAUUCAAUGGGAGGUGCUAUCGCCGUUCUAACAUCCUUAGAAAAAAAAGUGAAGCUUAGUGGAAUAGUUUUGAUUGCUCCUGCUUUGGCAAAAAAUCCAGAAACAGCAACAUUUUUAAGGGUAACAACAGCGAAGAUAAUAAACAAGUUCUUUCCACAUUUUCCUCUUAUUCGUUGUGAUUAUGCCUUGAUCUCUCAAAAUAAAAAGAAUGUAGAAGUAAUGCAAAAUGACCCAAUGAGAUUUAAAAGUUAUUGGCAAGUUCGUCCUAUUUUGGCUCUCAUUGAAGGGGCAGAAGAAAUAACUAAAAGGACAGAAGAAGUACAAGUACCAUUCCUUCUUUUUCAUGGUGAUGAUGAUAAAAUCUGCCAUGUUAAUGGCUCGGCCAAUUUUCAUGAGAAAGCUCAAUCGAAGGACAAAACAUUUAAAGUGUAUCCUGGUGGUUAUCACAGUUUGCUUAUGGACCUAGACGAAAUUGCUGAAGAUUGUUUUGAACAAACUGUCAAAUGGCUUGAAGCUAGAGUCUGAAGUAUAGUCAUUACAAAAUUUUUUUUGAAGAGAAAUCAGCAUUUCAACAAAUGCUGUUUCUAAAGAAUUCACUGAGGGAAUUCAUCUGAUGCAUCAAUAAAAACGAACAUUUAAUUGUUGAUUUCGCAUCAUGUUUUAAAAACUUUAUAACGCACACACUAAUUUCUAUUGAUUGUCUGUAGUAUUUGCAACAGUAAUCUCAAUAAAUGAGUCACUUGUUUGGGAAA